AUGAAAGAAAUGGUUAUUGAUGAUGAAAGAAUUAGACAAGAAGACGAAGAUCGAUGGCUGGAAAAAGUUAGUAAGAAUGAGAUUUUUCUGCACGCAGUCGAGGACGAGAUACUGAAAAAAUGGACAGAUGGUUUGAUUAGCAAUAGAAAGUUGACGACAUUUUUGCGAAGUAUAUAUGAAAAAGAAGUACGACUUCAUCCCCUCUCGAUGCAGUCAUUAUCAUUGAGUGGAAGUUUUGUACUACCAAAAGUCGUUUUCAUACCUCCUUCACAGAUUGUCACAUUGGUAGCCGAAUAUGAUGCAGACAUGACUAUUCAAGAAUUGAUACGAAGGCUUAUAAGACCAGAAGAAAUCAAAGAGCAAGAAACAAGAAUACGUUACGCUGAUAAUUUGUUGUUAGCAGUGGCCAAUCAGGGACGUCCCAUGCAUAUGACAAAAAUCUUGUUUGAACUUGGAAAAAAUGUUGUCGCCAACAGUUUUAGUAUAACUGGAGAUGAUAUUGGAAAAGUUCUUUCCAGUUUUACUCUUCUACCGAUAUUAGAAUGCCAUUUGUGCCGUUUCAAAACAGAAUCGCGAAUUGUUCUUGAAGCUCACAAGGAAAUACCACAUUAUAUCCGACGCAGAUAUCGUUGCUCUCACUGUCCCCAAUUCUUCGUUAAUUUCCACGAAAUAAGAAGUCAUUUCCUUAAAAAACACAAUGUGAUAGCCCGCAACGAUUACUGGAAUGCGACGUUGGAAUGUUCUUCUUGUGCAGUGGUGUGUCGCAACGAGUCGAGCUUGAAGAAACACAAAAAGUCCUGCCAUUUUGCAAAGACCGGAUUUACUAUGCUUGCAACGAAAAAGCAAGCUUCAUGUGCAAUUAGCGAGAAUGUAUGGAAUACAGGGAUUCUUUACGAUCUAUCGCAUCAGAAAUUCGAACACUCUACUUCAUGGAAGCAAAUAAAUCAAAAGAAAAUUGAUCUCAAUCGAAAACGAAACGCACAACGCUGGAUCCAAGAAGAUUUUAGCAUAGAAGAUUUUAUUGGACAGUGA